AUGCCGUCCAUACAGUCUACUCUCUUCUAUGCAGCCGCCGCUAUCAAUAUCCUGAUUAUCCCCAAACACGUCAAGGUCAGUGCAACAAAUAUGUCAGACGCUAUCAAGACUAUCCCUGAGCAUUCCCCUGCUAUCAAGCGAGGAAAGGAAGUUGUUGGGACCACCUGGGAUUUGUCGAAUGGAAGUCUCAUCAUUUUGGCUCUGCUUAAUUAUCGAUGGGCUAAGACACAGGGACCUUCCAACGUCGAGGAGAAGUUGAUGGCCGUCGUGAGUGUACUCUCAGGCUGGUAUGUCGGCCUUCAAUACUUCAAAAUCGGCAUCGCAGCAGUCAACCCCUACUACAUUACGACCCCGUAUGACGCCAUUGCUGCUCAGCUUCGCGAACAAAAUCAGAGUUUCUGUAUCAGUUUUGAACAAGGAAUGCCGGUCUCCCGAACACCGCCGACUCUUGGGAACCAGAUCGUCAAACUGGACUCCGCGUGUGACGGCCUACGCAUGGACUUUUACGCAGGGAACAGCUUCGAAGGGGACAUCGUCGCGACAUCAUUCUGGAAAGACUCUCAUAUCUACCUGAUGAGCGUCAUCAAACCGAGUGUUUCUGGCCCUCACAUCUGGGGCUUAACAAAUACGGGAAAAGCUAAGCUUUACAUCGAUGACCAACUCAUCAUUGACAACACCGAUGGGAGCGAGACGUCUGGAUCGUUCAUGGGUUGCGUUAGUCGCGAGGCACAGGUCAACAUGUCUCUCGUCAAAGGGCAAUCAUACCACGUACGGGUGGGCAACAUUGUGGUUACGCCCUCGAUCAAAGCGUACGAUAAUACUCUUUUCGACAAGGCAUCAGGCAUCCGCAUCGGUCUUUUGCCAAUUCAUGAUGAGAAGGCGAUGCUCCAGAACGCUAUUCAGGUUGCGAAGAAGGCUGAUCUCGUUUUGAUAGUCGUCGGCCUGAAUGCUGAUGAGGAAAAGGAGGGGGGUGACCGUUCUUCAAUAUCUCUUCCAUUAGGUGCCGAUCAAAUGAUCCAGGCAAUUACGUCAGAGCCGUCUAACGUGGCUAUCAUUGUUUAG